UUCGCUUUUUGUAACUUGCACACACAUAAUCCUGUGAGACAGACUCACCCAAGGUAUGCUUUCAUCUUCACAUAAAUUAUAAAUAUAGAUGUGAGAGUAUGAAUUAAGGCAAAAAUGGGGCAUCUUCCAGCGAUCCGGCAUCUCAUCAGUCAUCUCCACAUGUCUCCAAGGCUCUCCUCAUCAUCACCAACCACAAGAUCCUCUUUACAACCGCUCUUUUCCAUCCCUACUUUUCAAAAACUAUAUUCCCUCUUCCCUCCCUCUCUUAAACCCUACCACACUCACUCCAAAACCCUAGUACCCCAUCUCCACCUCACCCCCAAUGAUACUACGCUGGUUCUGAAGAAAGAUGAGCGGUUGGGGUCGCGUUCCGUUAAUCAGGAGCAUAUUGAGGGCACUAGCACGACCACAAUUGCAGCCAUUGUGACUUCAUUGGGGGGUCCUCCUAGUGCCGUGGGAAUUGUCCGGUUAUCGGGACCAGAAGCAGUGGCCAUCGUUGCCCGUGUAUUCCGUCCCGCUCGGAGGAACAAAGGCAAGACUUUGGGUUCGGGUUCGGGUUCGUGGCGGCCCACCAGUCAUGUGGUGGAGUACGGUGUCGUUUUGGACCACCACGGGAAUGUGGCGGACGAGGUUCUAGCCAUACCAAUGUUGGCCCCAAGAUCCUACACUCGUGAAGAUGUGGUUGAGCUUCAGUGUCAUGGCAGUGAAGUGUGUUUACGCCGUGUGUUGAGAGCUUGCUUGGAAUCUGGGGCAAGGCUUGCAGAACCAGGCGAGUUCACCCUUCGUGCUUUUCUUAAUGGUCGAUUAGAUCUCUCCCAAGCUGAAAAUGUGGGAAAACUAAUUUCAGCCAAGUCCAUUGCUGCUGCAGAUGCAGCACUUGCAGGAAUUCAGGGAGGUUUCUCAUCUUUGGUUAGAUCACUUAGAAUACAGUGCAUCGAGUUGCUUACUGAAAUUGAAGCUCGAUUAGAUUUUGAUGACGAGAUGCCACCAUUGGACUUGAAUCUCAUUAUGGAUAAAAUACAUUCCAUGUCACAAGAUGUGGAGAAUGCAUUGGAGACUGCCAAUUAUGACCAGCUACUGCAAUCUGGACUACAGAUAGCAAUUAUUGGACGUCCAAAUGUUGGGAAGUCCAGCCUUCUUAAUGCAUGGAGCAAAAGUGAGAGAGCAAUAGUUACAGAGGUAGCUGGAACCACACGGGAUGUGGUGGAAGCCAGUGUUUCCAUUCAUGGCAUCCCUGUCACCCUCCUUGAUACAGCAGGUAUUAGGGAAACAGAUGACAUUGUGGAGAAGAUUGGUGUAGAGAGAUCCGAAGCAGUUGCUAUCAGUGCAGAUGUCAUUAUCAUGACAAUAAGUGCAUUAGAAGGGUGGACAUCACAAGAUACCAAACUUUUUAACAGGAUUAUAUCCAAUAAGAAAUUUGUUGAAUCUUCUACUCCAGUGAUCCUUGUAGUCAACAAAAUAGAUUGUGCUCCAUCUGCAUGCACCGAAUUGUUUAUGAAGGGAAACUCUUUCAGUAAGCACAUUUUCACUUGUGCAGUCACCGGCCAAGGAAUAUCAGACUUGGAGUCAGCAAUAAUAGAGAUUGUUGGUCUCAACAAGAUUCCUGCAGGGGGGCACAGAUGGACUGUAAACCAGAGACAAUGUGAACAACUUGUUCGGACCAAGGAGGCUCUUGCAAGGUUGAUAUCCUCUAUAGAGGAGGAAAUGCCUCUUGACUUCUGGACAAUUGAUUUGAGGGAAGCCGCAUUGGCCCUUGGCCAGAUAAGUGGAGAAGAUAUCUCUGAAGAAGUUUUGACCAACAUCUUUGGCAAGUUCUGUAUUGGAGUGGAAAUGGUACUGACUAGAAGAUUUGAGUGCCAGUUAGAGGUGAGUUACAUAGAUUCAGUUGGUACCCCACCCACUGAAUGACCAGGGCUUGGCAUCGUUCCUUAAAUGUAAGAAUCCUCUUUCGUCCUCAGUUGCCUCAACCACUUGACAUAUUGGUGUUAAUAAAAGCAGAAUAGAAACAAAAGAAAAUUUUACAUACCCUCCCUCGAAACAAAAGAAGUGCCGUAAGCUGUUGACAUGUAAGGCAUUUUAUCUCCAUCUCACUCUCUCUCUCUCUCUCUCUCUCGAUUAUCAGAUUAUUUAAUAAUAAUGAUUUGUGUAGAUAGCUCAUAGCUGUAGAUUAUUGAAGUUAGCUACUUGGCAUUACACUAUUUGAAGGCAUUGGAGAGUGGCGAGCGAGAAUCGAAUCGUAUUAUUUUAUAUUGAAGUGGUGCUGGGCGAAUCUUUACAUGGUUGUCCCUUUAUUCCUUCCAUGUUUCCUCAUAUCAAUGAUCCAAAAAUAACCUUUGGGCGGCAACGAGUAAUUAAUGCUAAGAAACAUUAGAGGUUGUAGACAUCGGAGGGGGACGGCUAGGAAAACAAAUCUUUAUAUUGAUUCCCCUGUCAAAAACAGAACUGUGUAGCUCUCUCCCAAGCAAAAUGCGGUUCAACUUUAGAAGAAAAUCGAAGGGAGACGAAUUGAACGAGCGGAAGAAAGACAAGGAAAGAGAGAAAGAGAAACGGAAAAGAGAAGAAAAUGAAAGAAAGGAAAAGGAGAAACAGGAGAAGGAGAGGAGGAAACAAGUGCAGGAGAUGAAAAGGAGAGACGAGAAAGAGAAAGUGAAACCGAGGGAACAGAGAAGGAAGGAUAGGGAGAAGAAAAGAAAAAAAGAGCACAAAGUCAAAAAGAAAAAACACAACUUGCUCAUUUGCUUUGGAUGUUGUGGGGAUGCAUGAGGAAUAAGAGUUGUGAUGAUGAGAUCCAAACGCCUUAUUUCUAUAUCACAUGAGCAUCUUUUAAGUUCUUUGUUGUAUGUUUCUUGAAAUGUCUGGUUAUGUGGGUUUGAGCCCAAACAUUUUUCUACUAAUGACAUUAUCAUUGGUCUAGUCACAUCUGGUCCCUGCCCAACUUCACACCGAAAGGCAAGGAAAGGAAAAUAUACAAUGUGCCCACCAUUGUUAUUAUGCUGUACUCUUGAUUUCCAUACCAUGGAUGGAGACCAGGAUGAUGGUGGCUUCAUAAGAUAGUAAAAAUAAGUUUCUCAAACCUUUGUCACUAUGAAGCAGUAAGCUGUACCAACAAUAUUAGGAGUGGCAUAAAACCUCAAGUAUUCGUAUUCAUAAAUAAGAAGAAUUAGCAGGUCUUACAUAAUGUCACAAGAACAAUGCAACAAGAGAAUUAUUGAUCAACCAUCCAGGAAACUCAUGAAACAGGCCUCUAAGGUCAUUUGAUCUCCUCUAAAACAAUUAAAGGACUAACUCACAGACUUAACAAAAUGUACACUUGUCGUAA